CCUUCGUCAUCACUCCUGUUGUCCUCGUCCUCGUCCUUCCUGCUACCGACCACAACCGACUGCCCGCUGGCAGGUGACUUCUUAGGAGUAGUACUUAUGUCCACAGCUUCUUCCUGACCUCCCCUCUCUGUACCACUGUAUUUCCUUCAACUGCUGCUUUCCAUAUUCCAUCCAUCCCAACAACGGUAAAACUGCGUACACAUCUCCAUCUAUUCCACGGCCUACCGUUUUCUCGCCGUGUCUGUUGUUGCCAUAGCAUACCAUAAAGUUUCAUUGACACUUGUUUCUUCCACGAUCUGAAUUCACGUCCACAAUGAUCGUCUAUCCAGAUAUGGCGAAGACGGGGCUACCGUCGGCCACCUCGUCGGUGGCUCCCAUCCCUACCGUCAUUCCGAACCCUACAAUCUAUGAACAGGCAGGAGUUGUAGGGCACCGAACCCUCUGGGUCGUAACGGUUCUGAUGGCCCUUUCAUCGCUCGCCUUCUAUGGCAUGGCUUACCGCGUGCCUGUGCAAAAACGGCUGUUCCAUAUCCUGACUGCCUUCAUCACCACCUUCGCCUUUCUGUCCUACUUCGCCAUGGCGACUGGAAGCGGAUUCGGCUAUACCAAAUAUACCGUGACUGAGUCUCACAAGAAGGUGCCAGACACACACCAAGUGAUCAACCGUGAAGUCUACUGGGCAAGAUAUGUUGACUGGACCAUCACAACCCCGCUUCUCCUGCUGGAUCUGGCUCUCCUGGCCGGUCUUAGUGGUGCCAAUAUUCUGGUUGCCGUUGGAGCCGAUGUCAUCAUGAUCUUGACGGGUCUCUUUGCUGCCUUCGGCCAUAACAAGGCACAGACAUGGGGCUGGUAUGCAUGGGCUUGCAUUGCUUAUUUGGUCAUCAUCUAUCAACUCGCCUUCAAUGGACGGCAGGCUGUGGCCAACAAAGACAGCAAGACCAAGGCCUUCUAUGGCUCCAUUGCCGGUUUCACUUUGAUCGUCUGGACUCUGUACCCUAUCAUCUGGGCUCUUUCUGAGGGUGCCCAUAUCAUCUCUGUUGAUGCCGAGGUCAUUGCAUAUGCUGUUUUGGACAUUCUCGCCAAACCUGUAUUUGGUUUCUGGCUCUUGUUCACACAUGACAGCAUGGCUAGCACCACCCCAUCCCUUGAAGGAUUCUGGGCCCAUGGCUUUGGCACCCAGGGAGCUCUCCGCGUCGGGGACGACGAUGAAGCUUAAGGGCAUUUGCCGAUGUCCGAACCCAACUUUGGCCGAGGAUUCCCCGCAAAACCCUCUCCCAAAGAAGCAGGACGAUAAUGAGCACGGGGGACGCGGUGCAAGGAUAAUGACGAAGACGGAGGAGGAGUGGUAAUGAGCGCCGAUGCAUAUUGGGAUCACCUUUGAAGUGCAUCACCGUGCAGGCUAAAUUGAUCACAAGCAUUUUCUUUCUCGAGCUCGGCCUUUGUCUCUCCGCAGCAGCUCGAUGUGAACAAGCUAAGCGAACCAAUUGUACACUAGCAACCUUUAUUUCGCUGCAUGACAAAAAUCUGGCUGAAGGUUGCACGGCACAAUGACAAUUUUUUUUCCAGAGCCAGAUCAUCCGUCUUUCACCCUACAUCUCUCAUGAUAUAUGCCAUUCCCCAGGUUUUGUCACUUCCAACCGACCAUAGCCAUGUCUGUGGUGUGCUGCGAGGCGUUGACGCCGGCCCAGGCUAGGAAGAGCGAGUCGAUCGCAGCCUCCCGCAACGAUGGUGCGUCGGUUACAGUGUAACUGCACUGAACCUUUGAAAAUCGCCAUUCCCAAGCCUUCGGGUUCUUCGGGAACGCCUGACAGUGCUCACCUGGCGGUCAGCUCUUCGGGCCGUGCCGGAAAUGGGCAAUGGACUCUUGACUUCUUAUAUCUUGCCUAAUGAUAUGUCUCUCUUUUCUCGGAGGAGGGUGGUUCAUCUGUUUGAAUCUUCUGUUGAAGUUGCGUGCUGGCUCAGACUGAGAAUUAUAAUUACGCCACGACUUUCCUGCUGCAACCAAGAAAACAAACAUUGGUGUUGACCAGGGAUCAAGCAUGCACUUCUCACUCUGUUUUGCCACCGCCUUGCUGCUGGCAUUGUUUGGCCAGGUCUAUGCGCUCCCACCACCAUUCACUAUCAGUGUCGGAUCGAUUGUACCAGGCUCUAUCAUACCAGGCGGACCGAUUAAACCGGACACCACUCAACCAGGUGGGCCGAUUAUACCAGACACCACGUUGCCAGGCGGUCCAAUUGUCCCAGACACUACGGUACCAGGCGGGCCUAUUCAACCAGACCCAACUCAACCCGGCGGACCCAUUCAUCCACGCCAAAUCACUCUGCCAGGCGGAUCUUUCCAACCAGGCGGACCUAUUCAAACAGGAGGGUCGUUUCAACCAGGCGGACCUAUUCAACCAGGCGGACCCAUUCAGCCACGUCAAGUCACUCAACCAGGCGGCCCCAUCAAACCAUGUACAUAUACCGCGUACACCAAGCCGGACGUCAACUGGGGCCCAACAUUUACCAGUUACACGCUGACGACGUAUACGUACAAGCUGUACGAUUGCGGAGGCUGCACUGCGAUUGAAGUGCUUCCGCUGUUUCAUAUUCUCGUGGAAGUCAAAUACUCCACUACUAUCACAGCGUCGACGGCGACCACUGUGACAAGGGCCGAAUGCGAUGGGAUCGUCUCAAUCCAAGCAGCGUGAUCGUGGCCAUGAUGCUAUGAGGUGGCGAGGAGAGAAACCGAUUUUGGGAGUGUGACUGACCACUGAGUGGCUGAUCAGACUAUAUGUCUUUAAUUCGUUCGGUGGACAUCAUGUGUCCCGAAGUCGAAUGCAAGUAUGUUGAUGGGGCCCAGCGUAGUUGGUGACUGAGAAUUGAUGAUGUUGAUGAGCAAACAACUUGAACCAAGUAAAGCAAGAGGGACGAACAGGAAAGACAGAAAAAGGAAACGGAAACGAUUCCAGCCGGAGAGGGAUAUAUCGGUCCGGUCUAUUGUGGCUAUACUAGUAUGUUAGUCCAGCUAUCUAUUUUAUCUUACCUAGGUGACCCGGGUUUUGUUUCGCGAUUACUGGUACGCUUAUCUACCAUGGAAGAGAACAACAGCCCGAGGCAAAGGAGGGAGGGAGUAUCUAUCUCUUAUUAGCAUGGAUCUAAUCGGUUGUGUCU